CUCCUCAGUUCCACAUCAGAGGAUACAUCUUUCAUCAGAAAUCUCUGAUAAAGUUGAAUGCCGAGGUCCAAGAGACGAGACAGCCUAUUUUAUUUUGCGCAUCUGAUCAUAAACCUUGAAAUGAGAAACAUGUAUUUUUUGUGCGCUAUAUUCUUGCUGGCCACAGCUUCACCGCCCGAAGCAAAAACACUGGCUUUAAACUCAGAUAUAGAUUCAUUUCUUGCAAGCAACCUCACCGUUUUCAACGCGAAUAAACCAAGAGUGUCGCAGACGCCAAUCAGGGCUCGAAGGAAACGCUACAUAACGCAGAUCGAUAUGGUUGAAAUCCUGGAUUAUCAUAACCAAGUCAGAGCCAACGUCUUUCCACCUGCAGCAAAUAUGGAAUAUAUGGUGUGGGACAACGAUCUGGCCAGGACAGCCGAAGCCUGGGCUGCCACCUGCUGGUGGGAUCACGGACCCGCUUAUCUGCUCCAGUUCUACGGGCAGAACCUGUCGGUCAGGACCGGGCGCUACACCUCCAUCGUGCAGCUGGUGGAGCCCUGGUCCGAUGAGGUGAAGGACUACGCCUUCCCCUACCCCGGCCUCUGCAACCCGGCCUGCCCCCUGCUCUGUUAUGGCCCCAUGUGCACCCACUACACUCAGAUGGUGUGGGCGACCACCAACAGGGUGGGCUGUGCUGUGCAGACCUGCGCUAACAUGCUAGUGUGGGGAGCUCUGUGGAGAGAAGCUACCUACCUGGUCUGCAACUACUCACCAAAGUAGGGGGAACUGGGUCGGAGAGGCCCCGUACCGUGUGGGGGUCCCCUGUUCCUCCUGUCCCCCUGGUUACGGGGGUUCCUGCAGAAAC